ACUGUGAAACACUGCUGGUGGCUUAAAAACACACACACAAAAAAUACACCGACACACAAGGAUAGAUUCACAGAUACACAAUGUUGGAGCCCGUGGCGCGCAGUCUAAAGGGGACGCGUAACCUUGGAUGAGGGGAAUAGAAAGUGUGUGUGUGUGUAAAAAAAGACUGUGUGUGCGUUUGUGUUUGAGUGUGUUUGUGUGAUAAUGAGAGAGUGGGUGGGUGCAGAAAAGGAAGUGGCAGAGAAGGUAGAGGUAAAGACAGAACGACCGAAAGCAACAGCAACAGAUGAGAGAAAAGGAAGAAGAGAAGAGAGACGAGGACCAAAACGGGGAAAGGAGGAGGAAGGAUCGAGGGAUAGAGCCCAACGCAGAAAGGUCAUCAGAGUGUUUUACAACGGUAGGUCGCAAUGACCGGAGACGAUCCGUUACCCAACUAGGUAAGGCUUUGUACCACAGCCUGCACGGUGCAGUGUAACCUACAGAGCGCUUCCAAGAGACGUCUGCUCCUGUGCUGUGCGUAGGACUGCUGGGGUCACACUGUUGUUUUCCUGGGAGGAUGACCAUGGAUGCUAACUGAAAGCACUGUGUUGUGAUGAACACCUAAGACCAACGCAAACACACUAUGAGUAUGUCAGCAGUGCGCUCGGCCUCGCCUCCCGCUGAGGACCCGACCACACCCCCACCAAUGACCACACCUCCUCGCAAAGCCUCGGUCCGCCUGCAGGAGAGGCGGGGCUCCAACCUGUCGCUGCUAUUGGACGUGAGCAGCUUGGGGGCGGAGCCGGUCUGCUCUGUCUCCACCCCAAAGGAGGUGUGGCUCCAGCUGCUUCACACCUCCUCCCGACCACUCACGCACACACUGCUGCAGCAGGCUGCCAUGGACACAAACACACUGAAUGUAGAGUACCAGAAGAUCCCUCCCAACUUUGUGAGCGCUGCAGAACUCGACGUUCCAGGACACAUGAUUAAAGACAGAUAUAAAACCAUCCUACCCAACUCUGAGAGCAGGGUGAUCCUGAGGAGCCCAGAGGAAGAGGCAGGACCAGACCGCUACAUCAACGCCAACUACAUCAGGGGUUACAGGGGGGCUCCGAGGGCCUACAUCGCCACCCAGGGGCCGAUGGUGCACACAGUGGGGGACUUCUGGGACAUGGUGUGGCAGGAGAGGAGCAGCAUCAUCGUCAUGGUUACCAGACUCAAGGAGAACAACGAGAAGUGUGAGCUGUACUGGCCACAGCCGAGGGAGAGGACGGGCAGGAUGACGGAGGAGAACGAGGACGAGAAGGGGCAGGGGGAAGGAGACGCAGAGGAAGGAGAGACGAGUCGAUUCGGCAGAUUCCUGCUCAGAGUGAGAGACAGCCGAGAGAAAGACGGGUUCACUGUCACCGACUUAGAGAUCCAGCUGUGCUCAGAGCGUCGGCCCGUCAGACACUACUGGUUCACCUCUUGGCCCGACCAUCACAUCCCACAAUGCACCGCUCCUCUGCUGAGGCUGGUGGAGGAGGUGGAGACGUACAGCAAGUCCCUCCUGCCGGCGAGCUCUCAGCCAAUCACGGACGCCGCCCCCGGUCCGGGGCCAAUCAUCGUCCACUGCAGUGCAGGUAUCGGCAGGACGGGAUGUUUUAUAGCCAGCAGUAUGGGCUGUCAGCAGCUCCGGGAAACAGGUCAGGUCGACAUCCUGGAGGCAGUGUGUCAGCUCCGACUCGACAGGGGCGGUAUGAUCCAAACAACAGAGCAGUACCAGUUCUUGUACUCCACUCUGGCCCAGUACAGUUCCCAGCUACAGCACAACCAGGAGCAGAAUCAGAACCGGCCUAUCACACUGCCGCAGAACCAGCAGAACCCAGGGGACCAAGUCAAUAUACAGCUACAAAACCUCCAGCUGGAAAACACACAGAACCAGAUGAUCUGAUACCAUGCAGAACCCUCUAGAGGGCCAGAUACACAGCUAAAGAAACCCUGGAGAACUCAGACCCAACAGAACCAGAAUGAAAACAAAACUAAAACUCAGCUCAAAUGACACCAGCAGCAGAACCCAAAGACCUGAUGCAGUCAUGGAUAGGGAGUUGGGGAACCAGCAGUAUCAGAAGUGUCAGGAUCACAAAGGAACCCCAAAAGAACUGGAUAGUUCGUCCCAGCUUUGUGCUAGGCUGAACAUCAAGAGAACCUGAAGAACUGGUGCAGCAGAGAACCAAGAGUGUCGUGUUCGUCCUGGACUGAAAAUCUCAGAUAACGGAACUGAAGCUUGAACGAAAACAACCAAGUAGAGAAAAACACAUGUCCAAAAAAUGUCCUUCCCAAUAUUAAUAUCAGAUCAAAUCAAAUCAAAUAAAAGAGGAGUAUUCUGUGACAUGGUUUUUUUUUUAAAGAUACUUAAAGAAAUUUUGUACUGAAAACAGGAUUUCAGUAGAGCCGAAGUGAAACCGGAACCUCCAGGUUCUGUUGCAGAAGGAAGAAAACCUCAUCCCAAAUCCCAUUGACAUUUGUGAUAGAGCCUCUCUCAGCAGUAUCUCAUGUCAUAUGUGUAGAUAAGGAUGGUUGUUUGUUCAAACAAAGGAUCUAUUGUUGUUCAUUCAAUAUUUAACUUUUCAGUGGCCUUUAACAAACAUCCUUAACCAUGUAUCUCUAUGCGGAUGUUUUGGACUUCUCUGUGGUUGUGUUGCCUUGCUCUGUAGUCAGUCAGUUAGCAUCUGUGUGGUUGUGUUGCGUCCCUUUCUGGUAAUUUUGCGUCUCGUUGUGAUUGUUUUGCAUACAACCAGAAAUGCUCCGUCACUUCCUACAGAGGUUCUGGCCUACAGGCCCCCUGACCCCUGUCCCUGUGACUGACAGGCCCAUUCAGUAUUCGCUCCGUGGCUGCAGGCGGGUUCAUCGGUCUGGCCGACAAGAGAAUUCAGAAUUGCAACGACAGAGACAGAAGCACAAAAUUAGAGGUAGGCGGCAGGGGACGUAUGUUAGUGACGGACCAUAACAGGCACAUACUGGGCCCUAGAUGCCUAAUUCUAACCCACCGUACCGGUACAAUGUAAUUUCUGACACUUUAGGGUACCAGUUUGUAAUUGAGCCUAAACUGAAAUUACAGUUAAUAAAGUUUGAGUCAGCACACUGAUAGAACAGUAGAACACCACCACAACUUAUGCCAUCUUUGGUUUUCCCCAUCAGUUUGUGUUUCCGCUCCCCUUGACCUGAACCCAGCGUAGCCCAAACUCCAACCAGAGGUGGUUAACCAUAACCUCUCCUAUAAGCCUGUACCUUAACCACAGAUAGCAGCACUAUAGGAAACACACGCAAAAGGCAAACCAGAGUUUAAAAAAAAAAAAAACAGUGUUCAAGUUCAGGUCAGGUUCAACUCGAAAGCUCCAGAAGAAGAGAAGUGCGUGUUCCUUGAGAUUAGAAUAUUUUGUGUAGGUAUGUCUCCAUUUCAGCCUCUGAGCAGAAACUCGUGGUCUUCCUGUUAUUUCCCUCUCCUCUCCGUACAUUCAUUAAGCAGAUUCAUAAAGCUCCCCAAUAGCAGCACAUUUUUCAUCCGCAUAGCAUGCGCGCAUGCAUCCACUUGCGUCUUUCCAUUGACUUUGCAGUGAAUCGAGCUGCCGAUGUAAUUCGUCUCACAUUCUGUCUGAACACGCGGACCCUCGACCAGCAUGCAUAGUCGAACAGGCUCGGAGCCGACUGCUGGGACGUAGAGGCAGGCACCCGGGCACCGGGGUACAGUAGGGGAAAUACACCAUAAAAAAAUAAAUCAAUUUUUCAAAAAUAUUCUGAACAAAUUUUUCACAGUGGUAGGUACCACCUCCAUGUUUGCUUUCCACUGUUUGAUUUGCCUCGACCAACAUGUGCUUGCACACUCAGAGCUCUUCCAAAUAGUUUAUAUUUUACACAUAGCACCUUUAUAAAAUAUAUGAAUCCUCGAUUCAAUCAGUUUGCGAUGCAGACUUUGUGUUUUCCUGCUUACCGGUGAACUGAUGGAGGCAAGUGAGAAAAUGUGUUUCUUUAUAGUGUAGAUGAACUGACCCUUUUUAGUGUACAGGCACCGGACUUUUUACUCCGCUCAAUGUAUUUGACAGUUUUAGCCAGCACUUACCUUUCAGUUUUAAAAAUUGUAUCUAAAAAAAGACGUGUGAUGAGCUCAUGAAAUCCAACCCACUGUUAAAGAUUAGACCAGUGGUUUCCAAAUCUUUUUAUCUCGUGAGCUCUUAGUGUCUAAUCAGUGUCUACUUGUGUCGGUUUGUCUAUGUGUUGUUAGCACGUCCACCAAAGAGACAUUUCUAUUCUAAACACUUUAGAUGGUUUCAUUUCGAUUUAUCCAAUAUUUUGUAACAAAAAAAAAUCAAAGACCAACCCCCCCCCCCCAAAAAAAACUAUAAACAGACCAGAACUUUGUUUUUUUUUUCUUCUUUCCCAUUAACCAUCUCCGGACCAGUCAGAUUUAUCCAGUGACCCUUUGGAGGGGCCCGACCCCUAGGUGUGGACCCUCGGCAAUGAUCAACCUAACAGUAUAUGAAGAAGUUAAAACCAGCUCCACCUUGAACAGCUACAACAGUAAAAUCCUGUUUGUGCGUUAAAAAACUACAGUUAAUAUAAAAAAAAUAUACGUGCACAAAGACACUCACAUAUACGGAAUGUAAACACACUCCUACCUACAUUUACCAGUUAAUGAAUCCAAAGUAAAGACGCUCCUAAAAACUAAAAGCAAAAUAAACAGAAUUACAUUGAGAUAGAAAAACUACUACAAAAUAAAGAAAAAAGGAGGUAAAAAAAGGCAUAAAGUAUUAAUUUAAUAAUGUAAUUUAUUCAAAUAUAUCAGUCACAUGAGCAAAUUGUGAAAUGAUUACUGUUAAUGCUGUGAUUAAAUUUAGCUGAUAAUAAUUCUGUACUUUGAUUUAAGUCGAAUUUAACUUGUGAUGGAGUUUUUGUUUGUUUGUUUUAUCAUUGUUGUAUUGGUACUUUGACUCACGGCUGAAUAAAGGAGCUGAGG